UUUAUGUGCCACAUGAACAACCUAAGCGAUCAUGUGCAAUAUUAACAAUCAUAACGAUCUUUAUGUGCAUUGAAAUAUCGUAAAAUACUAUCCUUAUUCCAUAUGAUACUAUUACCGCGCGUCCCAGCCUAGUCUCAGGCGUUCUUAUCGGGUUUCCUGUGGUUGGGUUUCCUUCCCAGGUACCUCACGGUUUAUCUCUGAGCACAGGAAACCCGGUAAGAACGCCUGGGACUAAGGCUGCGCGCGUUCAGCUAAUCCUGUGUAUGCCCCGAUGUGAGAAACCUUAACGAUCUUUAUGUGCUAUAUGAACAACCUAAGCGAUCAUAUGAUACUAUUACCGCGCGUUCAGCUAAUCCUGUGUAUGCCCCGAUGUGAGCAACCUUAACGAUCUUCAUGUGCUAUAUGAACAACCUAAGCGAUCAUAUGAUACUAUUACCGCGCGUUCAGCUAAUCCUGUGUAUGCCCCGAUGUGAGCAACCUUAACGAUCUUUAUGUGCUAUAUGAACAACCUAAGCGAUCAUAUGAUACUAUUACCGCGCGUCCAGCUAAUCCUGUGUAUGCUCCGAUGUGAGCAACCUUAACGAUUAUCAGGGCCAGUCUUAGCGUUCCUUAUAUCGGCAUGUGAAUAUUCUUGGCUACCCUUUGUGCUUUUGCGAAGUGUUACAGCUCUUAGGGUGGGCGCGGCGUAAUAGAUCACUCCAGGCUAUCGUACAACACAUGGCGUUUUCCGCGAUGCUGAUCCGUUAAUUUUAUUGGUAUUUGACAUUUAGAGGUAAAUCAACCGCCCAUGGCGAUCAAGUGAAGAAUGAUAGUCCAAUAAGACCACCAAAACAAAUCAUCGCAUGAAACUUCGGCCAAAUAUUGGGAAUCUAGUCACGAGAAUUAUACCCUCUCAGCUUCACAAUAUCCCUUCUCCUCUUUGAAUGAGGCCUGUGUAUAUUGUAAUGUCACGAUUGUAUACUUUAGGUAAUACGUAUUGUGUUCAGCCCCGGGGUAUAGAACUGGGUUGUACUUCCCUUGUACAUUAAAUACCUUUCGCGCUGGCAUCAGAUGCUCAUCUGACUCCGCUUUUUCCGAGAGGAAGCACAACCACCUACCAUUUGCGGUACUAAAGAUUUAGAGGCUCACAAGAAAAUUCAACGAAAUUUGCGUUCUUCAAGUUUUGAAUUGCCCGUAUGACAAUGUUACAUUUUCUUUCAAUAAGGUGAAAGGCAGAACGUUGAACGGAAAACUUUACACUGAUAUUUUGAGCAUAAAAAAGUCUUUUCAAGCAACCGGUCGUAUCAUGGAUCUUAACGGGUCUUUUAACGGAACUGCGCCCGCAGUUCCAAAAGACUGCGGUAUCAGCCCUCCGAAUCCCGUGAGAGGCUGGUUCAAGGCGGCGGCGUACCUCGUGAUUCUACUCGCGUCAUCCAUCGGCAACGUUAUCGUCAUCAAAGUAUUUUCGACCUCACAGCGCCUGCGCACCGAGGUCAAUUUCCUCAUAGUUAACAUGGCCGUUGCUGACGUCAUGACCUCAUUAUUCAACAUGAGCUUCUUUGUCCGGUAUUUUGUCCGGGAGGCACUGGGAAUGCCCCAGGUUUGGUUUGGCGGGCAUUUUGGCGCGUUCUUGUGCAAGUUCGUGGAUUUUAUUCAGGGUGUGUCCAUGUUUUGUUGCGUGCUGACGCUGACCGCGAUCGCCUUUAACCGCUUCUUCGCUGUCGUUUUCCCGCUCAAAAGCAUCAUGAAUCCAAAGUUUACCAAAGUCUUGAUUCUCCUUAUUUGGAUCUGCGCGUGCGUAUUCGCUGCACCGACCCUGUACGUCAUGGAAGUAAUAGUGAACCCGGAAGACGGAAACUACUACUGUAUUGAAAACUGGGCGCCCACAUUCGACAACGAGACCACGCCCCGAUACUACACCCUGCUCAUCUUCAUUGUGAUGUACGCCAUUCCGCUCACUUUCAUUACGUGUCUCUACGCAUGCGUAAUAAGAAAGGUCUGGAUUCGACAGGUACCUGGCAACGUGACGCGAGCCAAUCAGAGACUGGAAGGCGACAUGAAGAAACGCGUUCUGAAAAUGCUAAUUACAGUAGUUGUCACCUUUGCACUUUGUUGGCUUCCAUUCCAUAUUUAUCUUCUACUGGUGAACUUCUAUUAUGGGAUAUACAGCUGCCAGAUAUCGCAUAUUGUCUUGUUUGUAGGACUGUUUCUCGGACAUGCGAACUCGGCUAUAAACCCCUGGAUAUAUUUCAUGUUUAAUAAAGACUAUCGUAAGAAUAUCAAAGACAUGUGCAAGAACUCCUGUUCAAAGCAGACAAACGCGAUAAGAGUUCAUUCAGUGCAAACCAGAAACAGCACAAUCCGAACGGCAUCGUCACAACACAAUGGUUCGAAUGAGAUGGAAAUGGAACCACUGAAUGGGCAUGCGCUGCUGCCAGUUCAAGUGUGAUGCAAAGGUUGUCACGCAAUUUUCAAGCGUGAUGCAAGGGUUGUCACGCAAACAUGUUUAUGUGUGACGCAAGGGUUGUCACGCAAAGAUGUUCAAGCGUGACACAAGGGUUGUCACGCAUAGAUGUAAAAGUGUGACGCAAGGGUUUUCACGCAAAAAUGUUCAUGUGUGACGCAAGGGUUGUCACGCAAAGAUGUUCAUGUGUGACGCAAGGGUUGUCACGUAAGGAUGUAUAAGUGUGACUCAAGGGUUAUCACGCAAUGUUCAAGCGUGAUGCAAGGGUUGUCACGCAAAUAUAUAAAAGUGUGACGCAAGGGUUGUCACGCAAUGUUCAAGCGUGAUGCAAGGGUUCUCACGCAGAUAUAUAAAAGUGUGACGCAAGAGUUGUCACGCAAUGAUGCUGAAGUGUGACGCAAGGGUUGUCACGCAAAGAUGUUCAAGUCUGACGCCAAAUUGUCACACAAGCUCGUUUAAGUCUGACGCAAGCACUGCCACUUGUAUCCUAAUUGUUGUAAUGUAAAGAUGGUCACAUGUGUUGUCACGCGUAACGAAAUGAUUGUCGCGCAUGAGGCAAGAAUCGUCACUUAUAACACAAGGAUGGUCACGUUUAGACACAAAUAUUACUACAUGUAACUCAUAGAUUGUCGCGCGGUACAAAAAGUGAACCGAGCUCCGUGAAAAUAUUUUACCCUUGACUCAAAUAUACCAAGCUUAACGCCAAGGUUGCCUGCCCGUGUAAUGAAGAACACCAUAUCCAUCCAAUAUUACUUCGCUGACGGAACAAUUUACACACUUAAGCAUUGCCGGGAAUGUAACCCAUGGUUUGUCAUCAUGUGUAACGCAAGUGAUUUCUCGCAGAGGAUGGGUCAAAGUCACGCAAUACUACGUACAAUGACAUGUAACGCAAGGCUGGUCGCGCGGAUAUACGUCGAAUAGUUUAUUUAAGAAUAUUUCUGUAUAACCAUCAUAUACUCACUCGUGACAUGUCACGCGUGACAAGCCAAUGACAUAUAUGGUACAAGACAAUGACAUCUGCCAUAGGACCUGGCACGCAUGCGCGCGUGGUGCUGUAAAUAUAGGCGCGGCAUUAUUUUCGACAAGCAAACUCAGAGUUAUUGCUUUUUAUACACCAUGUUGCAUGAUAAUGCGUAGUGCUGGAUUUUGUUGAUAGAUUUUGAUGGCUGCUCUCUCAUAGAUACCAGGACAACAUUAUCCCAGCAAUGUUGCGCCCAUAAUGUUGGGUGAUGUUGCGCUGGUUUCAAAAGAUUUCGACACUUUACAGGCGUUUUCCGGCGAUUUUGUACGUUAGUACGUGCGAAUUUCAAUCGCAGCAUGAGAAUUGCCAGAUCUGUCUGUUACCGCGGAAUGUCGCCGCCAUCUAGACUUCUGAUUCUUAAGGCUGAUUAAGACAGCACUAUUUAGUGUAAGCGACACCUCUACAACUCGAAUCGUACAGUGUAAAACAGCCUACGACUCCGCUACUACGAAAGUCGUAGUGUGUAAUUAAGGGCUGAGACAUGUCAUAGACAGGUUGUAUACAACUAACUCGGCCAUUACCCUUCACGAUACUGGCGAAUAAAUUCGCUUGCGAUCAGCGCAGGCCCGUACCAAGGGGGGGGGGGGGUGCAGGGGGUUCGAGUGCACCCCCCCCCCCCCCCACCCCACAACGGCCAAAGGUCCACUUUCAGUUCUCAAUAUUAUUUGUAGACAAAACUAUAAAGCAUCACUCUCCGGAGGAGAUACUGCAAAGGCAUGGUCAGAUUUUUAUCAGAGAACUCCCACCCCCCCCGGAAGCGUACAAAAUCGCCUAUAGGCUUAAGGCUUUUGAAAACUUCGUAUGGAUCUGCUUUGCAAGAACCAUUUGAGCUCAGGCAAAAAUUCUGUUGCAUAUAAUCUGACUGCGUCAUACAUGCUCUCCAUCCUGUAAAUACAUCCGCGAUCACUUAUUUCGGUCCGUAAUGAUUCUAAGUGUUUAUAAGCUUUCACUGGUAAGCAGUGGCUCAGUAAACCUUAUGUAACAAAAAUGAAUUAAAGCAGUAAAACCGUGAACACCAAAAA